CAAGCUUCCAGGAGUCUCCACAGACACCAGAAGAUGAUGAAGAUGUCUCUCUCCGUCAGCCUGCUGCUGCUCCUGCUCCCCCUCUGUCAGGCUCAUCCUCUCCAGCAGGAAGCAGCUGAAGAUGAGGAGCUUGGUGUGGACAUCAGCACCAGGAUUCUCACCACCAACAACGGCUCUCAAGAGAUUCUGCUGGAAGGAGACUUGUUGACUCCCAGAACCAGAAACGCCAUGACCUGCUGGUACCAGAGCUGCCUGUGGAAGAAGAACUCAGCCGGUCAUGUGACCAUCCCCUUCACAGUGAGCGCUCAGUUCAACAGCUAUGAGAGGCAGAAGAUGGAGAGGGCCAUGCAGGCCUUCCACAGCAGCACCUGCCUGCGCUUCGUUCCCCGUCAGAGGGAGUACGACUACAUCAGCAUCGAGAACAGAGCCGGCUGCUUCUCUUCUCUGGGCAGAGUUGGAGGAGGACAGGUUCUGUCUCUCAACAGGCAGGGCUGCCUCUAUCACGGCAUCAUCCAGCACGAGAUCCUGCACGCUCUGGGCUUCCAGCACGAGCAGACCAGGAGUGACCGGGACCAGUACGUCAGGAUCAACUGGGAGAACAUCAACCCUCAGAUGGCCUACAACUUCUACAAGCAGACCACCAACAACCUCAACACUCCCUACGACUACACCUCCAUCAUGCACUACGGAAGAACCGCCUUCUCCAUCCAGUACGGCAGGGACUCCAUCACCCCCAUCCCUGACCCCAACGUCCAGAUCGGUCAGAGGCAGGGACUGUCCUACUGGGACAUCAGGAGGAUCAACCUGCUCUAUGGAUGCUGA